GAAGGUACAAUACCCCAACUUCCCACAGUUAAAAACGCGUUACUAGGGCCAUUGCUUGUUCUAAGAAGCAACUAUUGCUUUGUUAGUUUAUGUAUCUAUUUGGUUAAAUGGAUACAUUGUUUAGGCUAGUCAAUUUUCAACAACACCAUCAUCAUCAUCAUCAUCAACCCGAUCCUUCCCUCAACUCCACCACCACCUUAACAACAUCAAGCAGCUCUAGAUCCUCAACACAAACACCACCAACAACAACGUAUCAUUAUUAUCAACAACAACAACAACAAGAAGACGAAGAAUGCUUCAAUUAUUAUUACAUGGAUAACAAUAAUAAUGAUGAAGAUUUAUCCUCAUCUUCUUCUAAACAACAAUACUACUAUCCUUAUCAACCUCAACACCAUGUAUCCACUAUCACAACUCCAAACACCACCUUUAAUAAUACUAUUAACACCCCCACCACCACCGAUAAUUACUCUUUCUCACCUCCCCAAGACUACUUCAACUUUGAAAUACUCUCCGGCAACUCAUGGGCACCAAACAUCCUCCUCGAAACCGCACGUGCGAUUUCUGACAACAACAACACAAAUCGAAUCCAACAACUCAUGUGGAUGUUAAACGAACUUAGUUCCCCUUACGGUGACACAGAUCAAAAAAUAGCAUCAUAUUUUCUUCAAGCUUUAUUUAGUCGCAUAAAUGAUGCAGGUGAUAGAACCUACAAAACCUUAUCUUUUGCUUCGGACAAAAUAUGUUCAUUCGAUUCAACGAGGAAGAUGUUGUUGAAGUUCCAAGAAGUUAGUCCAUGGACAACGUUUGGACACGUGGCAUGCAACGGUGCUAUCUUAGAAGCACUAGAAGGUAACCCUAAACUUCACAUAAUUGACAUUAGCAACACUUAUUGCACUCAAUGGCCAACACUUCUAGAAGCACUCGCCACUCGCUCCGACGAUACACCGCAUCUCCGUUUAACCACUGUUGUCACCGCCGUCAACGGUGGUUCCAUACAAAAAGUCAUGAAGGAAAUCGGUGCUAGGAUGGAAAAAUUCGCGAGACUCAUGGGAGUACCAUUCAAAUUCAACGUUGUUUUUUGUGAUCUAAGGGAAUUAAAUUUAAAUUUAUCUAAGUUAGAUAUAAGAGAAGAUGAAGCUUUGGCUAUUAAUUGUGUGAAUUCUUUACAUUCGGUUUCAGGCGCCGGAAACCACCGUGACGCUUUGAUAUCUUUGUUACGUGGGUUGGAGCCUAGGGUUAUGACGGUGGUUGAAGAGGAAGCUGAUUUGGAAUAUUGUUUUAGUUCGGAAUUUGUGGAAGGUUUUGGAGAGUGUUUGAGAUGGUUUAGGGUUUAUUUUGAAGCACUUGAGGAGAGUUUUUCGAGAACGAGCGGAGAGAAGUUGAUAUUGGAAAGAGAAGCUGGAAGAGCGAUUGUUGAUUUGAUUUCUUGUGAUCCUUAUGAGUCGGUGGAGAGGCGGGAAAUGGCGUCGAGGUGGAGGAGGCGUUUGCAUGGUGGAGGGUUGAAUACGGUGUCGUUUAGUGAAGAGAUUUGUGAUGAUGUUAGGGCUUUGUUGAGGAGGUAUAGGGAAGGGUGGUCAAUGACACAGUGCUCCUCCGAUGAUAAUAGUAACGGAAUAUUCUUGUUGUGGAAGGAUCAGCCGGUUGUGUGGGCCAGUGUAUGGAGGCCUUGACGUAUAAAUUAUGGUUUUAAAUUGCAACUGUAUUAUGGAUUUUGAAGUUUUCUCAACAAUAUCAUAAUUAUGACUUAGGGUUGAUUGGCUGCAUCUUCCAUCGCAUGUGUUCUUAGUUUUUUUGGCACCUGCGUUUGGGAUUGGUUGAAGUUUUUAGUAAUGGGUUCCAUAAUUGCUUUUUCUUUUAUUAUAAAAUAUAUAAGUUUGGUAAUUUAUUAGGCAAGCAUAAGAAAGAGGAUAUUCAUUAAAGAGUUUGCUUGUGUAUUUAAAAGGAACGAAGUAAAUUAUUUUUUUGUUACCAUUUUAUGAUUGAUUUAUUUUUAUUAUUAUUUA